CAGCUUUUCCGACAACGAUUCAUUCAGUAUGUGUUUAAAAAUUUGGCUUCAUACCUCAGUGGACACUACCCAAUAAAAACCGCAAACGUUACAUUCCGGUACCCUUUCCAACUGGGAAGAUUUUCUAAAUUGGAUGCCUUUUGACGUUAGAAUUAGAACCUGGAUCGGGAAAAGUUUAAUCGUAUUCCAUAGGCAUCUACAGUAGCUAUUUCGGAUUCAAGAACGAACUACACUACACCGAACGGCGACAGCUGGAUUUACAGUGAUGGCUAAUUACUAGCUAGCAUUCACCUAAUUAGACGUUGUCUGAACUUAAAGUCCCUGGAUAUCAUUCGUAUUUUGUUUAAUAUUUGAAUAGGAAUUGAAGACGGAUCUCUGUAGCCACACAAUUCGCGACUGUCUACCGGGUUGUGUUACAGCCUCACCAUUCCCGAGCUUGUGACAUCUGGGAUAGUGGAUCGGGACGUUGCUUUAAGGGGUACGGGGAUCGGAACUGUGUCGGUUUCCAUACCCGGACUGCUGGAGGACAGCAUGGCUGCGGGAAAAGGAACUGGGAAGCCUUCGCUACUGCAGAACGAGCGUGUACGACUCAUAUUUUGUUUCCUCGGAGUCUUCGUUUGUUAUUUUUACUAUGGCAUAUUACAGGAGACAAUCACCCGAGGACAGUAUGGCGAGGGGGAGAAGACGGAAAAGUUUGUUUAUGCCACAACGCUGGUGUUUGUCCAAUGCAUCAUCAAUGCUGUGUUCGCCAAGUUCUUGAUUCAGUUUUUCGAGGGCUCCAGACCGGACCACACCAAGAGCUGGCUUUAUGGCGUGUGUUCCCUGUCUUACCUUGGCGCCAUGGUAUCCAGUAACUCUGCUUUACAGUAUGUCAACUACCCCACGCAGGUGUUGGGGAAAUCUUGUAAGCCCAUUCCAGUGAUGAUCCUGGGUGUGUUUGUACUAAGGAAGAAAUACCCGCUGGCCAAGUACCUGUGUGUGCUGUUGAUCGUCAGUGGAGUGGCCCUGUUCCUCUACAAACCCAACAAGAAUGUCACCUCCCCAGAAUCUGCUUUUGGCUUUGGGGAGGUCCUGCUUCUGCUGUCUCUGACCAUGGACGGCCUGACCGGCGUGGCCCAAGACCACAUGAGAGCUCGGUUCCAGACCAGUGCCAACCACAUGAUGCUUAACAUCAAUAUGUGGUCCACUCUUGUGCUGGGACUAGUGGUGUUGUGGACAGGAGAGGUAUGGGAUUUCCUGAGCUUCACAGACCGUCACCCUAGCAUCUUUUGGAACAUCCUUCUGUUUGGAAUCACCAGCGCUUUAGGCCAGACCUUCAUCUUCAUGACUGUGGUGUACUUUGGCCCUCUCACCUGCUCCAUUGUGACCACCACGCGAAAGUUCUUCACCAUCCUGGGCUCUGUCAUUCUUUUCGGCAACGUCAUCAGCACCAUACAGUGGGUCGGCACCAUUCUGGUCUUCCUUGGUCUUGGGUUCGAUGCCAAAUUUGGUAAGACACCAAAGAAGACAACACACUAAGCAACCUGGAAUAUAUGUUAUGGCAAAACUGCCGAACAGUAAGUCCAAUGGACAGUACCAUAGCCAGUAUCUCUGAUUCUUAGCACAUCCUGUCUAGGCAGUACGCCUGUCUAUGCCUAGUCAUUGUUAGUUAACAUUCUUUAUAUUAUUUUUACUUCAAUUUGAAAGGACUCCCUAUGUUUUUAAACAUCCCAGUUCUCCUGUACUUGGAAACACUCUGUGAACUUAUUAAGACAGACAAGCACCAUCUAGAGCACUUCCACAUGAAGACUUAAUGGGAAGAAAUGAGAGGGGCAGGAAGAGGAUAGAUGACGUGUCAAAUCUAUGGUGGUGGUGGAGGCUGCUCCUCUUUCUGGGCUACAUCUGUGCCACACCGGCCAUGAACUCAUUACCAAGAAAUGCCUGGGUUUUAUGGUUUUUUUUGUUACAGAAUUGCAGAAAAAACUGCCCAAUAAACAAGUCUAUUGUGUUGUCAGUGGAAGUGUACCAUGUAAAGAUCUAUUAUCAGAUCUCAAGUUGAGACACGCACAAGAUUUUGAAAGUAUACAUGUUUACACGUCCAUGUCAUUUUGUCAUGAGUCAUGAUGUUGGUCUACAAGUUCAUACAUAUCCUGGAAGACAACUAGCCUGCGUUCUUAUCGAAUAAACACACUGGACAUGAACCAUGUUAUAAUACUGUAUUUGGUCCAGUCUGACAGGUAAAUUGAAGUUUUUUGAAAAGUGUGUAUACCAUGAACCACAUGAUAAAAGGGAACCCAUAAUUGUAUCAGACUAGCUACAUAUUUAUUAAUUCACUCUUAACUAAAUGUUUUGCCAUACUGGAUGAAAAUCUGCUAAUGUACAGUUCUUGUUCCACAAAUUAAAACCCAAUGAAAUGAAAUUGAA